AGAGUAGCGAUCGAAGCCGAAGCAGCAAAUUUGAGAGGAGAAGAGAAGAGAAGAGGAGGAUUUAGAGAUCAGAGACUGCGGCGGAGUGUUCGUCGGUGAAAUGGCGAGUGGAUUGGGGUUGGAGGAGACGGAGCUGCGUCUGGGACUGGGCUGGCCCUGCGGGGGCGGCAGCGGCGGCGGAGGGGAAGGCGAGGGCGCGAAGAAGAGGGGAUUCGAGGAGACCAUUGAUCUGAAGCUUCAGCUUCAGACUCCGACGGAGACGAAGGAAUCGGCGGCGGCCGUGCAAUCUGCCGACAAUAUGAUGAAGAAGACGCCGAGCCUUGUGAACAUUGCGUCUUGUGGCGGUUGCGUCGACCCGGAAAAGCCGCCUGCUUCCAAGGCACAGGUUGUGGGUUGGCCACCAGUGAGAUCCUUCAGGAAGAACAUCCUCUCUGUUCACUCUGAGAAGCGGGCCGGCAACAACAAAGAUGACAGCGAAAAGCUUGGCAACUCUCCGGCAGCCUUUGUGAAGGUGAGCAUGGAUGGUGCUCCGUACCUGCGCAAGGUGGACCUAAAGAUGUACAAGAGCUACCAAGAGCUUUCCAUGGCCUUGCAGAAGAUGUUCAGCUCCUUCAGCACCAGCACUGAAAACAGUGGUUCUCAGGGAAUGAGUGGGAGGGACUACGUGAAUGAGAGCAAGGUGAUGGAUCUGCUGAAUGGAUCUGAGUAUGUACCAACCUAUGAGGACAAGGAUGGAGAUUGGAUGCUUGUCGGUGAUGUUCCAUGGGAGAUGUUUGUUGACUCGUGCAAACGUUUACGUAUCAUGAAGGGAUCAGAAGCCAUUGGAAUUGCACCAAGAGCCAUGGAGAAGCGCAAGAACAGAAGCUAAAGAUUUGCUCCACCAAGUAAAAUGACAAAAGGCAAAUUUCCCUCUGGAUUUGGAUCAAGACAUCUGCAUGCGUGCUUACAUAUUUCUCAAGUAUAAUCAAGACUGUUCAUUAUGUUUUUAUUAUCAAACUAGUUUGUUCAUCACCUUUAUGUAUGGACAGCAAGAAAUGCUACUUCAACAUUGCUGCUUCUGUGUGCCUUCUAGUUAAUGGUGUUGGCUUGCUUAAUUAAUCAAUAAAUUGUUCCACUUAUUACCA